AUGAGCUCUGCUCCAUCUCCAUCUUUUUCUCAAGAUUUGCGAACUGGACACCAGCUCGUGCAGCUACCCUCAGGGACAACUCUCGAGUGCGACGUAGCCCCUCCACCAGCUCCAUGGGUCGAAACGACGGACGUGUCUCAGUCGGUCCAAGCGAAGCUAGCUGUCUUCCUACAUCCGUGGUCGUGGCUUGGCGGAUGUAUGGGUGAUCCUGUCUUGAAUCUGCUGGUCGCCCCUUUACACAGACUCCGCUACCAUGUCAUACGCUACAACUCUCGCGGCGUCGGGAAGUCGUCCGGCUGGGCCUCGCUCACGGGCAGCCGAGAGGCGCAAGACCUACGUGAACUCGUUCAGUGGGCUAUCGACCGCCUGCAAUCUGUUGAAUCUGUGGUAAUCGUGGGCUAUUCCUACGGCUCCCUCAUAGCUUCCCUCCAUCCACUACUCCCACACCCUAGGGUUUCUCACAUUAUCAUCUCCUACCCGCUCUCUGUGCGCCAUUGGCUCACAGCCUUCCACGGGGGUACCUACACAGCGGCAGUCACUGCGCUCGUCCGCGAUGACCGCGCGCAUGUACUCGCCCUCUAUGGCGAUCACGACGACUUCACGAAUCCCGAGGCGUACGAGGGAUGGACACGUAGCCUCUCCGAGGCGACCGCGGAAGGUGUCUUGAAGAUCGUGAAGGUUGAGGGAGCCGAUCACUUUUGGAGAGAAAGUGGUGCGAGGGUGAAGCUGGUUGAGACAAUUGAGACGUGGUUGUCUUGA